AUGAUAAAUCCAACGAUGGCCAUGAACCCUUUACUGACAUCAGGGCAGCAAAGGAUCCCACUGGUUCCCUCACCAUUUGGAAUUCCAACUGUGGAUAGAGGUUUACUGCCUUCCACUGUAGCUCCAAGCAACCCAACACAGUUCCAUGUUCCUCCCCAGUUUGGAUCCUCUGCUCUACCAAAUGCAAAUAUGCCGAACAUGUUGUCCAGUCACGUCCAGUCAGGUUUUGGCAUUUUACCUGAGUCCAUAAAGGCAACGGCCAAAAGGAAUGAAAUGAUUCAAAGGCAGCAUACUGCCAGAGUGGGAAUGGAAAUGCAUGCCAUUUACCAGCAAAGGAGAAUAGAAAAAGUGAAUCCCAAGGGACCAGCAGGCCUAGGGGGACCAUUCUUCUAUGGCUCCAGUAUCCCAACUGUCCCAGCCACCUACCGUGGCAGAAGCAUGCUUCCUGCUAGUGAUCUACAUUGUUACAGAAGCACCCUGAGAAACCUUCAGGGAAACCCCAAGCUAGUGGCAACUGGUCCAUGUUUUCUAGAGAGCUGGUGUCAGAAAGGUUGUCAUCUCAGAAGAGGGGCAGGGAAUCAUAAAGUUCUAGACAGUGAUACUCAGAGUUCCAAAAGUCAAGUAGAAGAAAAAAUCUUAGUCCAGACUCUUGCAAUUCCCUGUGAAAAGGAUGAAUAUGCAAAAGGCCCAGAAACCGAAGCUCUCAACAAUAAGAAGUCAAGAGAAGCCAAUGAAAAGCCAACUACAGCCCUUGCCAAUGCCUGUGGAGAGCUUGAGCCCACCCACACAAAACCCUGGGGAGCCCAUGGUGCUUCCAUAGAAGCAAAGGCCUGGGAUGGUGUGAAAGAGAAAGCUUCAGAGCAGGUUUUUGCAGCCUGUGGUGAAAACAAUGGAGUAUGCCCUCCAAUUUCUCAGCCAUCUGUGCCAGGAACGUAUACACUGGUUACAAUUGGGGAAAAUCUGUCUUUGGAUGAAGAUAUUCAGAAAUGGACCGUGAAUGAUGUGCACAACUUCAUUAGUGGCCUUCCAGGUUGUUCAGACUAUGCUCAGGUGUUUAAAGAUCAUGCAAUUGAUGGAGAAACUUUGCCAUUACUCACAGAGGAGCAUCUUCGAAGCACCAUGGGGUUAAAGCUAGGGCCAGCACUAAAGAUCCGAUCCCAGGUAUCUCAACAUGUGGAAAAUAUGCUCUCCAAGAAAAAUCCUUCACUUCAUACCCAUACAAAACAAGCAUUUGAUCAGGCCGCAGGUGCAUCCCCUCUUUCAGGUUUUAAUUCCUGGAGCCAUACAUUGGACGUUCCUUGUUCUCAGGAUAUAAUACUUGAGAAAGGAAUCAAACAAGACAGCGUGAGCAACUAAAACCAAGGAGCAGGGACAGUCUUAUUCCAUUUUCCAAAGAGUCUAGAAUAUUCUAGAUGGUAUGUGAAGGUUCCCAGGACCAAAUGAAACUGAGAGGGAAGAAAAGCCAGCCUUCCUGGAGCUGUCUUGGAGGAGGCCUUGCCCAAGAGGCUCCCUAAAGUGACUCCAGCACAAAGUGGCUGGAGGCGUGUGAUUGGGAGCACGUGUGAGAGCAUUUGCAAACAUCGAAAAAGCUUCAGUUGGAUGUUUCCAUGAGGAAAUCCCUGAAAAGGCCAGAAGAGCCUAUACCGAGAAAAAGGGCGCCUCUCCUCUCAUCACUCACUUCCUCCCAGCCAGAAAAAGACAAAGGCAACCCAGUGGAGCAGGAGGAAGACAGAAGAGAAAGUGCAGUACAAAAGUGGGAAAUAGAGAAGCUGACCGCAAGGGCCCCACCUUUUCUCACGGCAGGCGUCCAGGAGGAGGGAGACCCCAGCCAGGGAAGGGCCGUAGCUUCAACCUCAAAUUUCAGAGUCUGACUAUCACUCAGCAUUUCCCUCUGACAUGAAACUGUAUUAUGACCAGAAAUACCUGGAGGCCUCCUUAUUAUCUGAGGGGGAGAUGAAGUCAUAGUACCCACCUCAGGUUUCCCCCAAGAGGUGGGGCAGUUAUGUUCUGCAAAGCAGUUUGAACUGGCAAGGUGGGGGGGGACAAGGUGAAAGGGCCUUUCUGACGGUCCCUAUGGGGCCUUGCUGUCAACUUCACAUGGAACAGAAAGCUUCUCAUGGGAUAUGCCCAAGGUAUCUUCAAAGUCACCUUGAACAGAAAGCUUCUGAAAGUCAGCUCACAGAGGGACCAGGGGCACAGAGGUGUAAAGGAGACUUAGUACAUAUCCUGGUACCGUUUGAGUUUCUAGCUAUAAUAAUAUAUUUUCUAUUUUGAAAUUUUACAUUGAAAUUAAACUGUAGCAAGCAACCUCCAAGAUGGCCCCCAAUGAUCCCUGCUUCCUGGUAUUCAUGCCCUGGGUAAACCCCCCAUUUUAGGUGGGCUGGACUUGUGGGCUCUUUUCUAAUGAAUGGAAUAUGAAAGACAUGAUGGGGUGUCCCUUCAGUGGUUUCUGUCUGGGGCGCUCUCUCCCACUGUCUUUGGAAUGCCCACUCUUGAAGAAGCCAACUUCUACAUCUCCAGGCAUCCCUGCAGGGAGGCUGCAAGACUGAACUUGAACUCGGAUCUUCUGAGGCCUGCCAGCAGCCGCAGGAGGGAGUCUGAAGGUGGCUCCUCCGCGAGUCAGGCCUUGAAAUGACUGUACAGCUCCUGCCUGGAGCUUGAUGGCAGCCCUGAGCCAGAUGCCCCUGGAUUCCUGACUCAAAUAC